AACUGCUUCAAAUGUUUUUACCAUUUUCUAGCAAUGGCCAGAAACGAAUCUUUGUGGAUUCCAACUACUUCUGUCUAGAGAUAUUGGUUUCACCUUAUUGCACAAUAUGUUCUGAUGAAAGUAUUCUUAAGACAGUCUACUCUUUUGGGGUACAUGUCCUUUGGAUAAAAACAGUAAUUCCGGUUCAUUCUUUUGAUUCUUGAAAUAUCCUCUUCUAGAGAGAAUAGAUAGGGUUUCAUAAAAGGCUUCUAAUUUUUCUGGGAAGAGAUAGAUAUGUUAAUCUGAAGGGCCAGAGAAUGGAGAGGCUGAUUGAGGACCACAAGGUGUAUCCUUUAGAGCAGGAAAAAUAAUGUUAGCAUGAUUUCUAUAGGAGGCAGAUUAAGGACGGGGAGGUAAUAACUCACCCCUGUGCUAAUUCCUGAUUCAAGUCUUCUCUUUUUCUGCCAGGCCUGCUGUGAUUUACCCUCCUUGGGGAUGAACAGAGUGCCUCCUGGUCGCUGACAACUCCAGCAUUCACUGCAGGAUGGCCCAGCUCAUCCAUGCCCUUUGGAGCCUGUGCAUCACCACUGUCCUUGUCACAUCAGCCACACAAGCAGGCCUAAGCCGUGCCGGCUUACCCUUUGGUCUGGUUCGGCGGGAACUGGCAUGCGAGGGCUAUCCUAUUGAGCUGCGUUGCCCAGGCAGUGAUGUCAUCAUGGUGGAGAAUGCUAACUAUGGCCGCACAGAUGACAAGAUCUGUGAUGCUGACCCCUUCCAGAUGGAGAAUGUCCAGUGCUAUCUGCCGGACGCCUUCAAAAUCAUGUCCCAACGGUGCAAUAAUCGGACACAGUGUGUUGUGGUAGCUGGCUCAGAUGCUUUUCCAGACCCUUGCCCUGGCACCUACAAGUACUUGGAGGUCCAAUACGACUGUGUCCCCUACAAAGUGGAACAGAAAGUAUUCGUUUGCCCAGGGACGCUGCACAAGAUCCUGGAACCUACCUCGGCCCAUGAAUCAGAGCACCAGUCUGGAGCUUGGUGCAAGGAUCCUCUUCAAGCUGGAGACCGAAUAUAUGUCAUGCCUUGGAUCCCAUACAGGACAGACACCCUGACAGAGUAUGCUUCAUGGGAAGACUAUGUAAGUGCCCGACAUACCACCACAUAUCGCUUGCCCAACAGAGUCGAUGGCACUGGCUUUGUGGUGUAUGAUGGAGCAGUCUUCUACAAUAAAGAGCGGACACGCAACAUUAUCAAGUAUGAUCUGCGGACACGGAUUAAAAGUGGAGAAACGGUUAUCAAUACAGCCAACUAUCAUGACACUUCACCCUACCGUUGGGGUGGCAAGACUGACAUUGACUUGGCUGUUGAUGAAAACGGGCUAUGGGUCAUUUAUGCCACUGAAAGCAACAAUGGACGGUUAGUGGUAAGCCAGCUCAAUCCUUAUACGCUACGCUUUGAAGGCACAUGGGAAACUGGCUAUGACAAACGCUCGGCAUCCAAUGCUUUCAUGGUGUGUGGAGUCCUCUAUGUGGCACGGACAGUCUAUGUUGAUGACGACAGUGAGGCUGCAGGGAAUCGUGUUGACUAUGCCUUCAAUACUAAUAUGAACCGUGAAGAACCGAUCUCUCUGACAUUCCCUAAUCCUUACCAGUUCAUCUCUUCCAUUGACUAUAACCCCCGUGAUAAUCAGCUUUAUGUAUGGAAUAAUUAUUUUGUUCUGCGUUACUCUCUUGAGUUUGGUCCACCCGAUCCUAGCACUGGCCCAGUCACCUCAACACCACUCAGCACGACAACCACUAUUCAUCCCACCACUGUCACCAGCACAAUAUCACCUGCUGUUACAACCACUCGGCAGCCACCCCUUACAACCCACCCUAUAGGUGCCAUAAAUCAGAAGGGUACAGAACUGCACACAGUCACUGCCGUAAUGCCCAGUACCCGCCGCCCACCAGCAAACAACCAGCACAUCUUUCCAGAGCUCUUCUGUGAGGCAAAGGAGGUGAGGCGUGUCCAGUGGCCAGCCACACAACAAGGCAUGCUGGUGGAAAGGCCUUGCCCAAAGGGCACGAGAGGUAUUGCUUCUUUCCAAUGCGUUGCUACCCUUGGUAUUUGGAACCCACGUGGGCCUGAUCUCAGCAACUGCACAAGUCCUUGGGUCAACCAGGUGGCCCAGAAGAUCAAGAGUGGAGAGAAUGCAGCCAACAUUGCUACCGAGCUUGCCCGACAUACGCGUGGCGCCAUCUACGCUGGAGAUGUUAGUUCCUCUGUCAAAUUAAUGGAGCAGCUCUUAGAUAUCUUGGAUGCUCAACUGCAGGCACUGCGUCCAAUAGAGAGGGAGUCAGCUGGCAAAAACUACAACAAGAUGCAUAAGAGAGAAAGGACCUGCAAAGACUAUAUCAAGGCUGUGGUGGAGACGGUGGACAACCUCCUGCGUCCAGAGGCACUGGAAUCGUGGAAGGACAUGAAUGCCACAGAGCAAGUGCACACUGCCACCAUGCUGCUUGAUAUCCUGGAAGAGGGAGCUUUCCUUCUGGCUGACAACGUCAAAGAACCAGCCCGUUUUGUCACCGCUAAGAAUAAUGUUGUGUUGGAGGUCUCUGUGUUAAAUACAGAGGGGCAAGUGCCUGAUAUUGUGUUCCCACAUGAAUAUACCACCAGAAACUCAAUCCAGCUAUCAGCCAACACAAUCAAGCAAAACAGUCGUAAUGGGGUGGUCAAAGUUGUUUUCAUCCUCUACAAUAAUUUGGGAUUUUUCCUUUCUACUGAGAAUGCCACAAUCAAGCUUGGAAGUGAAGUUGGUCCACUUAGCCCCUCACUUGUUGUCAAUUCACAAGUUAUCGCUGCCUCCAUCAACAAGGAAUCUAGUCGUGUCUUCCUUAUGGACCCUGUCAUCUUUACUCUUUCCCACCUGGAGGACAAGAAUCACUUCAAUGCCAAUUGCUCUUUCUGGAACUAUUCGGAGCGUUCCAUGAUGGGAUACUGGUCCACACAGGGCUGCCGGUUGAUGGAGACCAACAAGACCCACACCACCUGUGCUUGCAGUCAUCUCACCAAUUUUGCUGUCCUCAUGGCACACCGCGAAAUUUAUCAGGGCCGCAUCAAUGAACUUUUGCUGUCUGUCAUCACAUGGGUGGGCAUUGUGAUUUCUCUGGUCUGCUUGGCCAUUUGCAUAUCCACCUUUUGUUUCCUCCGUGGGUUGCAAACUGACCGCAACACCAUCCACAAGAACCUCUGCAUCAAUCUCUUCAUGACUGAGCUCCUUUUUCUUAUUGGAAUUGACAAGACACAAUAUGAGAUUGCCUGCCCCAUCUUUGCUGGGCUGCUUCACUACUUUUUCCUGGCAGCAUUCUCCUGGAUGUGCCUGGAGGCCAUUCACCUUUACCUCAUGCUGGUUGAAGUGUUUGAAAGCGAGUAUUCCCGCAGGAAAUACUACUACCUAGGUGGCUAUUGUUUUCCUGCCCUGGUAGUGGGAAUUGCUGCCGCCAUUGACUACCGCAGCUAUGGCACUGAAAAGGCUUGUUGGCUUCGGGUUGAUAACUAUUUCAUCUGGAGUUUCAUUGGACCCGUUUCUUUUGUUAUUGGGAUCAACCUUGUGUUCCUCAUGAUCACUCUGCACAAGAUGAUCCGCAACACAUCUGUCCUCAAGCCUGACUCCAGCCGACUGGAUAAUAUCAAGUCUUGGGCGCUUGGAGCCAUUACUCUACUUUUUCUCCUGGGCCUCACCUGGGCCUUUGGCCUCCUCUUUAUCAACAAGGAAUCUAUUGUCAUGGCCUACCUCUUCACUACCUUCAAUGCUUUCCAGGGCAUGUUCUUCUUUGUUUUUCAUUGUGCACUGCAGAAAAAGGUGCACCGGGAGUUCAGCAAAUGCCUGCGACAUGCAUCCUGUUGCCUCCGGAGCCAACCAGGUGCCACACUAGGCUCCCUCAAGACCUCAGCUAUCCGCAGCAACAACCGUUAUUACUCUGGGACACAGAGCCGAAUCCGGAGAAUGUGGAAUGAUACUGUGAGGAAACAGACGGAGUCUAGCUUCAUGGCAGGUGAUCUCAACAGCACUCCGACACUUAACCGAGGUACAAUGGGGAACCACCUGUUGACCAACCCCGUGCUGCAGACACGGGGCGGGAGCAGUCCCUACAACACACUCAUUGCUGAGUCUGUGGGCUUCAACCCUGCCUCACCCCCUGUCUUCAACUCUCCAGGGAGCUUCCGAGAGUCCAAGCACCCCCUGAACAACAGCCGAGACGCUUGUGGCAUGGACACCCUCCCGCUCAAUGGCAACUUCAAUAACAGCUACUCCCUCCGCAGUGGUGACUUCUCCGCCGAGGGUACCAAGAUGGCUGAUUGUCGACGAAACCUGAGUGAUGCUGCGGCCUUUGAAAAAAUGAUCAUCUCUGAGCUGGUGCAUAACAACUUGAGGGGGGGAGGCAGUGGUGCGGUCAAGGGAGGUGGGGGUUCCACUGAGACCUCCAACCCCCCUGGGCCUCCUCCCCCUCCCAAUGUAGUAGCAGGGGGAGGGGGAACCAACAAUGAGGAUGACGCCAUUGUGCCUGAUGCCCCUUCCUUGACACAUGAGGAGAACAUGGAAAUUGAACUUAUGUAUAAGGCCUUAGAGGAGCCACUCUUGCUUCAGAGGGCACAGUCCAUCCUCUACCAGAGCGACCUGGAGGAGUCAGAAAGCUGCACAGCUGACCUGACAGAGGGGGGUGACGGCCAAGCUCCUUCGCCCAACAGGGACUCAUUAUACACCAGUAUGACCAAUCUGAGGGACUCCCCGUAUCCGGACAGCAGCCCUGAGGCAGUUGGGGAAGUGCUUCCUCAUGCCCAAGCCAUCAAUGAGAUCUACUAUACCAACCGGCCAGCCUUGGUGCAGCGCAACCAGCUCCAGGCCUACUACCAAGUCCGGAGACCCAGCAAUGAUGGGUAUUUGGUCCCAGCAAGCUUAGAGAACCCUGCAGUGGAGGGAGAUGGCCAAAUGCAGCUGGUGACCAGCCUUUGAGGGGCUGAAAAGGGACUAAGGGACCAUACCUCCUAACCCCAACAUGGCAUCCUUGCUGUGACCUGAACAUU